CCUAACCGGCAUUGUUCUUCCGCUACACGACGGCGCGCGCGCGCGUCCAUGUACCCUUCCUUACGCUCGCACGGACAUCUGUGAGCUGUAUCGCGGCACGUUAAGGAAAGACGCGUGGAGGAGACCUGCUCAGUUACGUCGUCGUUGAGUUCAAGGUUCAACACCCACCAUGGCGGACGAAGCAGACAUGCGCAACGAGCUGGCCGACCUGCAGACUCGCGCCGACCAGAUAGCCGACGAGUCUCUGGAGAGCACUCGCCGCAUGCUGUCUCUGGUGGAGGAGAGUAAAGAUGCUGGCAUCAGGACUCUUGUCAUGUUGGACGAGCAGGGAGAGCAACUGGAGCGCAUCGAGGAGGGGAUGGACCAGAUCAAUAAGGACAUGAAGGAUGCAGAAAAGAAUUUGAACAAUCUAGGACAGUUCUGUGGUCUUUGUUCAUGUCCGUGUAACAAGAUUAAGGGUGGGGGCCAGGCCUGGGGAGCCAAUCAGGACGGUGUGGUCAACAGCCAGCCUGGCGCUCGGGUGGUGGACGAGCGCGAGCAGAUGGCCAUCAGCGGGGGCUUCAUUCGCAGGGUAACAGAUGACGCCCGCGAGAACGAGAUGGACGAGAACCUGGAGCAGGUGGGCGGCAUCAUCGGCAAUCUGCGUCACAUGGCCCUGGACAUGGGCCAGGAGAUCGACACCCAGAACCGCCAGAUUGACCGCAUCAUGGAUAAGGCUGACUCCAACAAGACCCGAAUCGAUGAGGCCAACCAGCGUGCAACAAAGAUGUUGGGCAGUGGCUGAACUUCAACACCCUGUACAAUAUUUAAAACACACACACAUGCACGUUCGCACACACAAAUACAGAAACACACAUAAUUCCCAUCCCUGUAUUGCCUCUGCAAAACAUUGCUUCUAUUGUGACACAUGUAGACGUUUGCACAUAUCAGCACUUCCUUUUAUUGUUCUGUAUUGGUUCCCCAGCCCCUCAUUCUGCCUGUUUUUAUUGAUGUAAAAUUCAAAAGACACUCAUCUUGACUGUUAUCGGGAUUUAGUGACUGCGUACGUAUAAACUGUAUAUGAUGAAAUAUUAAUUCCAGUCACUUCAAAUCUGAUGCUAGAGAUUGUAUAUACACGCUUUUGUCCUCAGGGAGCUAAAUCAGACCAAGUUCCAAACGUGCAAUCUGGUGUUCUUAUCGAUUAUAAAGAGCUGUGGGUUGGGUUCUUUUUUUUUUUAAUUUCUUCGCCAUUUGGCUCUAAGCACAUUCAGCUCCUCCUCUGCUCGACCAUUAAAUAUUCAUUCGCCGGCACAAAAAUAUCCUAACUGUAUACGUACAGAGGAGGGGCCCAUAUCUAUAACAGUUCCCUCGGCCCUGUCUGCUACAUUGUGCCACUCUCUUGUCUGUCUGUUUCAUCCUUUCCAGACUGUGAGCAAUCACUACAUAAGAGUUGUACACUGGGAAAACAAAGCCAAUAAAACCUUCAGAACGAUAAA